UCCAAGUCAACUGCCAAAGUUUCUAUCGUCAAGACUACCAAUUUCGUUUGCUACGCGCACCGUCUCUAUGUCUUGUCUGCGAGAUGGCGUGUGGAUGCAGCGAGAGCGCGCAGCAAAAGAUCUCCCCACAAGGCUGCCCCAGACCCCAGGCAAGCUGACGGGCGCAAAGGGAGCCCGAUGCAAACCCGGACCGAAUGGGGGUCGAUCGGUCAACCAUCACCACGAUGACUCGGAUCAGAGACACCGCACCGCUGUCCUCAGAAAACCGCCUGCUCGCUCGUACCAGGAGCCAGACCGCAAAUCAUAAAGCCUCGCCAUUGACAAGUGUGGACUGAUGGUCCGCCAGACUGACCCGGACGUGUAUCAAUCGGCUCCCGUGUCAUGUUCAAUCCGAGGAGCUGGAACGGGAGACGGAGAGCACUUCAAGUGUAGGUAGGUGAUUUCCGAGAUGAAAGAUAGGUAUAAGUAUAACUGAUACCCUUUGCUCUCUCCAUGCCUUUCUUCUCGGUCUCGAACCACACCUACCUUUCAUCCCUGAUCAGAAAGGCGUGGGUUGAUCAUUGGGUAUUGAAUCUGUCUUCUGCCUUUGUGUGUCUUUUCUACACCAACACCAGCCCAAUAUCAAAUAGAGCAAGGCUCACCACAAUCACUCCUAACACUCUGCGCUGCGAGGCCCCACUGGCAUCUCAUGCGACAUUGUGGUCCUGGGCCAUCCUCACACCUGCGUGCAAUACUAUCUCACCAAAUCAACACACAACACGUGGAUCCGUCCUCACUCUAGGAUACUACCACCAUAAUCAUAGUCCGAAACACCACCCCACCAGUCCUCUUAUCAACAGACACAGCCACUCUACCAAUUUCAGUGUCAGCUUCUCUACCAAACCAAAACCAACCAUGACAUCCUCAUCAUCUCCACCCUACCACAACCUCACCCUCUACACGGCCCCAACAUCCAACGGCAUCAAACCCGCCAUUCUUCUCGAAGAACUCGGCCUAAAAUACGACACCCGUGCAAUUGAUAUCCGCCCACCAAAACUCGAGCAGAAACAGCCGUGGUUUUUGGAAUUGAAUCCGAAUGGCAAGAUUCCGGCUUUGACGGAUGGCGACUACAGACCGGAAGCCUCCGCAGAGGGUAACAACAACACCGAUGUCACCGGCAGUAUCGGUUCCAAUGGAAUCCGCAUAUUUGAAUCCGCAGCUAUCAUGAUCUACCUAGUCGACAUGUACGAUCCGGACAAAAAGUUUACGUAUGAGACUGGCACGAAGGAGUAUUAUGAGAUGUUGAGUUGGUUGAUGUUUCAUGUUGGUGGAGUGGCGCCUAUUCAAGCCCAAGCAAAUUUCUUCCGCGCCAUGGCCCCCGUGUAUUCCCGCUUCAGCACACAACACUACAUUGACGAGACGCGGCGCUGUUAUGCAGUCCUCGAGUCGAGACUCUCACAUGCCGACUGGCUCGCCGGAAACAAAUACACGAUUGCAGAUAUGGCGACUUGGCCGUGGGUCAGGGCGGCGAAAGUGUUUCUGGACAUUGAUGUCGUGGCGGAAUUUCCGGGACUAGAGAGGUGGAAGCAGAGGAUUGAGGGGAGACCUGCGAUCGAGAGGGCAAGAGGGAAUCCUGCUUGUGGUGUGGCGUUGGAUGAUGGGAAGUUGGAGGGCAUUGUUGGGAAUAUGAAGAAGAGAGUUGAUGCUUUGGAGGGGACGGAUAAGGAUUUGGAGGGGGCCGGGAAGGAGUGGACUUGAAGAUCGGAAUCGAUAUAGCUGGUACCCGACAAGUAGUAGUGGCGGUUUCACAAUGGAUUUCAUGAUCACAAACAAGUUGGGCAUCAAAUAUCCUACCUAUAGUAUGAACAUUUUACCAUUUUCCG